GAUGAAAAGAGAAGAGAGUGUUAAUAGAAAUACACGAGUUGAAUCAUUUUCUGGUGAGAAGUACUACCUGGUUGAAGUCAUUGCAUUUAUACUGAAGUACCUGAAGGAUCAACUCAUUGAUCAUUUUAAGCUCACUGUCAAGCCAUUGAAGACAACAGAUUUUGAUUGGGUCAUUACUGUACCUGCUAUUUGGGAUGCACGAGGAAAAAGAAUGAUGAGAGAAGCUGCUUAUUUGGCUGGUUUAAUGACAGAAUUUGAUGGUAUUAGCAGUUUCAAUCGUGCAGCUCUUCCUCUUCCCAAAGAAGUCAAUCCUGGCAGGCUAUCAUUAGCACUAGAGCCUGAAGCAGCUGCCCUUUAUAGCCAGGAAAUAGUGGGAGACCAGAUUAAAAGUGAUCCAGGCACAUCAAUUAUCCAAUGUCCAUCAGAUUACAUGGUAAUUGAUGCUGGAGGUGGUACUAUAGAUAUCACAGCUCACAUUGAUGUUGAUGGAGGUAUUGUAGUUGAGAAUAUACCCACUGGCAAUGCAUGGGGUGGCACACAGGUCAAUGAAGCUUUCUCUCAAUUUUUGCAGCGUAUAGUUGGCGACCCCGAAUUUAAAAAAUUCCUCGAUACAGAGCAAAGGCCUCAGCGUAUGGCUGCAUUAAAUAAUAUGCUAUACAAUGAUUUUGAAAAGCAGAAAGUUCUUUUUGGUCAACAAAAAUCAACUGAAAUUGCCAUCAAUUUGCCAAAAAUGUUUGUAAAAUAUUAUGCAGAAGCACUAGCAAAAGGAGUGAAGAGUGUAUCUGGGGUCGAAUAUGAUGAAGAUAUGAAUGAUACCCUAUUUGUAGAAAAGAAUGUAGCAGAAUCCCAGUUUUUUGGUCCAGCAAUUAAAGGUAUUAUUGAUUGUACAUUGAAAGCUAUUGAAGAGAAUGGAUAUAAAGUUUACACGUUCUAUUUGGUUGGGGGAUUUGGAGGCUGCAAGUAUGUACAUGAGAAAGUCUCUGUUGCCAUAGAAAAGGCUUAUGGUUCUAAAGGUCAUUCUUGUAAUGUGAUAGUGCCUCCUACUCCUCAAUUAGCUGUUGCUACAGGAGCUGCUAUUUGGCGUAAGAAUCCAGAGAAGAUUAAAGCAAGACGAUCUGAUGCUACAUAUGGAAUAGGAGUAUCUAUACCAUUUGAUGAUGACAAGCAUGAUGAGUAUUACAAGUGUUAUAUUGAUGAGCGAAAAGUAUACAGAUGUGAUAAUAUCUUUAGUGUAUUCUUGGAAAAAGGAGAACUAGCAAAAUCUGACGAGGUUAUUACUACUUCAAUAACGCCAUCACGACAAGCCAACACCAGUAUGAAUUUAGUGAUAUACUCCACUCCUGAUCUUGGAGUUCAAUACAUUAAAGACAAAAAUGGCAAGAGUACGGUUGCAGUGAUUGGGCAACUAGUCAUUGAUAUUCCUAAUCCUGAUAAUCUGCCUAGAGAAAAGCGUCUAGUUGAUGUCACAAUGGAUUUCAGUGGUACAGAGAUUCAAGCUAAAGCAAAGUAUCGUAUUACUGGAGAAGAAGUUAAAACUGUUUGUGACUUUCUUUCUGCUCAAUAAA